CUCCUCCACCGCCUCUUCUUCAUCACAUACUAAUCGCAUUUCCUGCUGGUUUCUUCUCUCUUCUUUCCAUUGCCUCUCAUGGCUUCAGGAUUAGAGAAACCCCGAGUGACGGAGAUACAUGUCCGGAUGGACUGUAAUGGAUGCGUACAGAAGAUCAAGAAAGCACUACAUGGCAUCAAUGGUAUAUAUGACCUCUACAUUGACUUCCCACAACAAAAGCUAACAAUAAUUGGGUGGGCAGACCCUGAGAAGAUAGUCAAAGCCAUUAAGAAAACAAGGAAGAUUGCCACCAUAUGUUCCCAUACAGAGCAACAAACAGAGCCUGCUCCUCCACCAACAGAACAAGAAGCACCAGAAGGUGGUGCACCAGCUCCAGCUGAUCCUCCACCAGCAGAGCAAGCACCACCAGCAGCCGAAGCAGUGCCACCAGCCGAAGCAGCCCCACCAGCAGAGCCACCAAAAGAGUCACCACCACCAGAACUUCCAACACCAGAGGCAGCACCUGUGGCUGCAGAAGCCAACCCAGGCCACCAAAUGCACCACCCUCCAAGAGAUGUUGGAGAAGUUCAUACCAUAUACCAUCAUCCACCUGAUUAUGGAUACAGAUAUGGCCACUCUCAAGGCUACACUGGGUACUGGAACAGAUACCAUAACAGCCAAGGGCAUCCACCGGAGCCUACCCCCAUCCCAAUGGGCCCCACCCCAACACCGACGCCACCAGUCUAUGUAACACACAGCUACAACACAUACAGGCCAUCACCUUAUGUCACUGAAUAUGAGUAUAUCCAGCCACCCCCUCAACCCACACAUCUCAGUAGGAUGAAUUACUACAAUGAGGAACAUCACAUUAAUGUCAGCAAUAGCAACGGGAAUAUCACAUCAAUUUUUAGCGACGAAAAUCCGAAUGCGUGUGCCGUAAUGUAGAGAAAGACACAGAGAGAGGUUUUGGUGCUAAAGGGUUAUCAUCUUUUUCCUCAAAGGAAUCAAUCUCGGCAAGAAAGUUAAUGGAGAAUAUUUUUAGGGGAGAAAAUAUAAUUUCUAAUAAUCAUGUGAUGAUGUUAUGGGAAGAAUGAGAUUCCAAGCUUGUAAGUGAAGAAAGAAUUGAUCCUAAGUUCCACUGUGAGAGAGCAAGCUAAUGCAUACCGCCUGAAAUUCUAUAAAACUGUACUUUUUAA